AUGUCUGCCCGCCGUCCCCACAACCAGUCCUAUGCCGAUGUUGCGGCGAAGCCUGCGCAAGGCAGUUCCGACGUGGCCCCAGCUGUUCCUGCAGAUGUCAUUUACAAGCUCCUUGGCUUCACAGCUGCCAUGAUCGCUGGCCCCAUUGGCAUGUAUUUCUUGACUGUGAAUACAAUCUUCAGUGGGAGCUCGACACUCGCCGGAAUCACCGCCGCCGUUACCGCCAACGUGGUAUUGUUUGCAUAUAUCUAUGUCGCCUGGACGGAAGACCAGGAGGACAGACAGGCAGCCAGCAAGUCAGAUUCAAAGAAAGCCCAGUAGGCUCG